UUUGGAUUAAUCUCAUAGACACGCAUCGUCUGGGAACAUCUACGUAUAAUGAAAUUCUUUGUUAUUGCCUUCGCUGUGAUCGCAGCUGCUGCGGCCACAUCCAUCUCCACGGAGUACCUGCCGCCAGUUGACAAUAACCUCGAAGUCGCCGCCGAAUCGAUUGAUGCCCCAGUCGACCAGGGUCUGCUCAGUGACGAUGGCUACCGCUACAAGACCGUGCGCCGCCUUAAGUUGCGCCACCGUCGCGAUGUCAGCGAGCUGGCCAACGAAUAUCUGCCCCCAGUCGCCGAGGCAACCCAAGAAAUCGCUGUUGAGACACCCCUUGCUGAUGAUGGCUACCGUUACAAGACCGUCCGCCGUGUGAUCCGUCGUCGUCGUGACGUCAGCGAAUUGGCCAACGAAUACCUGCCCCCAGUUGAGCAGGCCGUGAUCGAUGUGCCCGCAGAGCCCACCAUAUUGGCCGAUGAUGGCUACCGCUACAAGACUGUGCGUCGCCUGAAGCUCCGUCGCCACUAAAGCCCCCGCACCCAGGAAUCGAGUUUGCCAGAAACAAGGCUAUGGCAAUCUUAUUUGAAGUAAACGCAAGCGUAUUAGUCAAUGAGAACGAGUUAUGAAUAGUCCGAGUACAAAAAAUAAGACAACAAUAAAACAUGUAAAAGAAAAACAAAUACAUUUCUGCCUUUUAUCUCUGCA